AUGGAAAGUAUACGAAAUGCUGCUCGUGGUAUACUUUACAAUCUUGAUAAAGUAAUUGAUGGUACCAAUAGAGAAGCGGAAGAUAGUGGAAAUCAAUUUAACACGAUACAGACAGUUAUUAGUUCUACCGACAAGCCAUCCAUCAUGAUCAGCUAUUGUCAUGAAAACAAAGAGUUUUGUGGUAAACUUCUUGAACUAUUGUCAACUCAUCGUGAUGAAUUCGAUGUAUGGAUUGAUCAAACUCACUGUCAGUCGGCCAGCGAUCUAUGGGAAGUGAUUGCUUAUGGAAUGGAACAAGCUCAUGUUAUUGUGUGUCUUGUUUCUAAUCAUUAUUAUGAGAGUAAAUCGUGUCGUCGAGAGUUUACAUAUGCUGUAGAAACACUUAAGAAACCUAUUGUACCUGUACUGCUGGAAGACAUUGAACCUAAAGGAUGGUUGGGUAAGUUGAUUAUCAUCUUCGCAUGUUCCUGCUUGAAAAAAACGAAUAAAUUCUAA